GACGAUGGUGGGUCAUUCACAAUGAUCAAAAUGAGAUUUUUAUUUUGUACAUAUAAUUUAGUUUAGGUAUUAUCUCAUUUAUUUUAAAAUAUUUAAAAAAAAAUGGCAAUGAUGAGAUCUUGCUUAACAUUUCCAAAAGUUGUGGCAGAGCUUCUGUGGUCUGAAAUGACAUGCUAUUUUUUUGCUUUCCUCUUUGAGGUGCCAUUGGGAGCGUUCAGUAGUGGUGGUGGUGGUGGUGGUGGUGGUGGCCCCUCCACUGACGGUGGGCGUUUCCGUUGAAAAUUUUUUGAUGUCAGCCAUAACGGCCAUAUAUUGAACACAGCACUGUAAAACACAUUACAAUCCUUUUGGCUUCUUUAAAUUUACAGGAAACAUUCCAAUGUGCUACAGCAGAUGUUCCUUUCCUCCCAAGUCCAAGCUGUGAAACCGAUUUGAUCCCCCACCAAUCAUUGCAAGUAAUGGUCCAAAUAAUCCGAGAGAAUAUAAAUAUAUGGUAACAUGAAAAAUAGCCAGUGUUCCGAGUCUUUUUUCCUCAAUUAAAAGUUCACCUAAUUGGUUGGGAUAUGGUUUUGUAAUGUUUUCCACGCAAAUGCAGCAACCUUUUUAGGCAGAUCUCUGUUCCAGAGAUCUGCUAGUAGAAUUAAUUUUUCCUUUUCUUGUUUGUUCUGCUCCGAGCAUAUAAUAUAUGUAUAUAUAUAUAUAUAAUAUUAUUGUAUAUAUGCCAAUUUAACUGAGUACCUACCAUAUUGCUUUCUUCUUUCCAUAUAUCAUUCAUUCCUUGUCUGAGUCUCACGCUUCUUAUCUUAAUUUUUCUGGUACAGUUGAUGAUUGAUGGGUGAAACAAAGGAUAAUUAAGUCCUUCCCAUCACUGCAAUUUGUUCCUGCAAAACAGCAACGUACUUCCCAAGCAAAUUAAUAAUUCCCUCCUUUACUGCAAUCCCACACCCCCUCCCAGGCUGUGUUUUUUUUUUUUUGUUUCUUGUGUGUUGAGCAUGUGAAAAGUUUGUCCCUAAUUAAAGAUAACAAAUCCUUGUUAUUUCAUAUAUAUUUCUAUUCCACACUCUCCAUAUAUAUUGAUGCAUUUUGGAACUAGAGAUUUUAUAUUCUUGAUCCAAGAAUCCCCACCUAAUUAACCUCUCCUAGUCAGAAUAUAUUUUCGUUUCACAAACAUAUAUACAAAAACAAGAGACUUAAUUAUAAUGUCAAAGAAAGAGGAAGAAAUCCAAAUCAACAUUGCUUUAAAAU